AUGUCCGGAGGCGACGAAAAAGAAGUGCAUUGGUUCAGAGUGAUAAACAAUAGUGGUGCAGCACAGAAAUAUAUUUUCUUUGCUCCGCCUCCCAGUCCUGAUUUUGAUACUCCUGUUUGUUUUGCAAGCGGCAACCACAUCAACAAUGAAACGGUCUGGAACGUCCACACCACUGCACCCAUUUUUGCGGGAGUCGGAACAUUGGAAGGAGAUCAUGUCAAUAUCGACCAAGAUCACUGGUGGGACUCAGGGAUUGAAGACGGAGGCCCAGAAAAAUUCGACCUUGUCUUCAAGGAUGGAGAUGUUGGGCUGCAUGACUCGGGGGAAAACGUCCAGACUCCAAAUACCUUCAAGGUCGCCAGCCAGGACAUCCCGAACGAUGACAAGACCUAUGUAAUUGGCUUUGGGAAACGCAACCCAAACGAGACUUCCCAAGAGCCCGGGCCUAUUCUGCCAUGCGCCACUAUUGGCGUUAAGCCCAACAACAGUCAGGAAGUGGCCCCUAUUAUCCAACUUUACGUGUCAAACACUCCAAAGGCACCGGGCGACCUGAUCAAUUUCAAUGAUCUUAGCGAGAAGUCUGCACACAUCAACUUCACAGGCCAUACUAAGGACGCCGCUCUCUGUACCAUUCUUCACAAAGCAGAGGGUGGUACUGCUGUAUGGGACACUGCUUACGAUAACACACUCCCCUAG